GCCACCAACCAACCAACUUUCCCUUCUUCCCACACCCUCACUAUAUGUAUAUAUAAACACCAAGGCCUCCCAUUCCUAAUCCUUUAAUUAAUUCUUCAUUAAUUCUCUUUAAUUGCAGCUAGCAAUGGGAUCUUGCAUUAGCAAAUGCAGCCGCAAGAGAAAGAGGGAGGAAGAAUCAGUCACUGUUCAAGACAAGCUGGUAAUUUCUCAAGCUCCAUUAGCUAUGAAUUUCCCUCCCAAGAUCUCAACUAAACAAAAUGUGGUGCAGCCUCUCUCCCCUUCUUCUACUUCCACUUCUUCCGAUUCUUCGCUUUCUUGCACUAUUCGUACUAACACAAGCGCCCCGUGUUCUAUCGCAUCCACCUUAUCAUCUUCCUCUUCGUGCCUGUCCUCAACCCUGAGCUCGAAGGAGCGGUCCUUUUCCAACGAGUUCCUCUGGGCUUGUGUUAAGGAGAACCCGCAAAUAAUUUACACGGAUCUGGCCAAGGGGAGCCCUCAAAAGACGGUUCCCACAAAGGCUCCACUGGCCAAGAAGCUAGGUACUUCAACUGCCCAGAAGAGAGCUAGGGCAAGCUCGCCAACUCUUUCCAGGCAGAAGAGCUUCAGGAGGGACCACACAACCGAGAGGCCUAAUAAUUCGCCGUCGUAUUCUCUUCCAAAUAGGGCUUUGAGGUCGCCAUCUCCAAGUAGAAGAUUCACAAACAGUACAGCAAAGGAAAGCUGUUCCAGGAGUACUACUACUUCUACAAUAUCUAGGGCAAGCCCAAAGGGAGUAAAUCUCAGGCCACCAAGUCCAAGCAAGAGCAAUUUCAGUAAGGAAUUAAGGCCGUGUUUGGUGAACAGAGAGAUGUCCAGUGCUUACAGGAAUAUUAAUGGUGGAGAAGUGGUGUCUAAGCAAGACAUGGAGGACAUUGAUAACCCUCUCAUUGCCUUGGACUGUUUCAUCUUUCUUUGAUGUUUAUGAUGUUUAUAUAUAUAUAUAUAUAGAGAGAGAGAGAGAGAGAGAGAGAGGUUUAAUCUUUUUCGUUUUCAAAUUUCUUUUCAUAUAUACAUUCAUACAUAUGUGUAUAUGUUCUAGAACAAGUUUGAGUGAUCAUCUAUAUAUAGGUCAAAUUAAAUUCUUUGGUUUUAUUGUGCUUGAGGAAUGAGAGACUUUUGUUCAUUUCUUUUGGGAAACAUUCAUUUGGUAGUGGAUA